AUGUCGGACCCGUCUCCUCGGGCUGUCCGCUUUUCUGGCGGCGAGGAUGAGCUGCAGCAGGAGAGACCUAAGCCACGAAGACCGUCGGUAGUCGUCAGCCCUGAUGCUGUGAACUCGUCACCCGGGUCGGAGGAUGAACCCAACGCUAUAGAGGGGCACAACGAAAUCAACGACUUGAAAAGAUAUAUUGACACUCCCGCGCAUGCCAACUCUCUUGCGUCAAUACCCGCCAAGACUGUUGUCAAUGGUGUUGGUGUUAGCUCGAAGACGCAGUGGAACAAUGAAAAUGAUGACGGCACUGCGUAUGCCAAUAGCGGCCGACACCAGCGACCGCUUGCCCCAGCCAGAACUCCGUCCAAUACAUACAACCCGGCCACAUCUCGAAAACCGCGGCCAUCGCAGCAGAUCCAGCUGUUCGUGGAGUCCAUGCGGUCGUCGUCGAAGACCCGAACCCGGCAGAGCGAGAGUAGAUUUCGAGCACAAGAACGAGCCUAUAUCCAGAAGCUUCGGCAUGAUGACUCGGGAGAAUACUUUUCAUCAUUUCAAGGAAUGAACGGGGACGACUCCGACUCCGAGGGCGAGACACCGAAUUCGGAAGGACCGUUUGAAGACCAAGAAACCAUCAUGUUUUACGGAAACGAUAAUCUACUACCAACCGAGGAGGACAUGAAAGACCCGAACAACAGGGAGAGGCUUGAGUGGUACGGCAUGCUUGAGGCUGUCUUGACUGGCGACGUUGUUCGUCAAGAAAAGAAGCGACUUAUUGGUACUUCAGACCAACAGGCCAGUAAAACGGCCCACAAGUCAGAACUGUGGCUCGGCAUUCGGGCCAAAUGUUGCGGCAGACAGCUUCCUGUCCAGAAACGCAUGGUCGAAGAGGCUCGGAGCACGGUUGAUCGGCUCUUGGACGACAUCAUCAAUUUUGAGGUCAAGGGCGAGAGCGAGGCUGGGAAACCACCUUACGAGCAGGUCAAGGAUAUUGUGAAGAAGAUCGAGAAGUGCGAGAGUCUUUAUCCUUCAUGGCAAUCCCUGGCAGCGGAACACAAAACGGCUGCCUCGCCUCAAUUCCAAGAGGCCUAUGAGGCCAUCUUUUCAUGGUACAACACGAACAAGAUGAUCAAUACGGAACUGUCCAUCUUGAAGAAGUGGGUUGGAAAUGAGGAGCUAGACUUUUCUCGCACCAAACAAAGGUCACCUGCUGUAGACGGCAUCACUACUGAUGAGACGUCUUUCCUCGAUAGAUUGAUGAAAGAGGAUGGCUUGCAAUCCCUUUAUGACGACGAUGAGCGGACUCCCCAGAAGGGUAUGCUCUGGCCUAUUUCUUCCAUCAUUAGCAAAGCCAAAGAGACGCUUAUUCGCAACUCUGCGCCCUUCCGAAAACGCCACCUACCGCCAUAUCUAGAGGAACUGUUGACCCUCAUCAGUUUCCCGUCUCGGCUCAUUGAGGAAAUCACGAAAACGCGUCUCGAGUACGCUAAGAGAGUUAAAGAGGCCGCUCAGCAGAAUCCAAUGAUGCAAGAACAGAUGACUUCACAGUUUCAACUUCUCCUCAAGUUUGCCAUUAGAAUCAAGCAGGAGUAUCUUUCUAUUGAAAGCCCUGAGCCCGGCUGGGACCUACCACCGUGUAUCGAUGAGUCAUUCGAUCAGGUUGUGUUGGAAGCGCUCAAGUACUAUUUCAAGAUGUUGAAUUGGAAACUGAGCGGAAACAAGAAUUCGUUCAAAGAAGCAGAAUUACUGUUUCAGGAAUGGGACUUUGCCAACUACAUUGGAAGUCACUUACAGGGUGGCCAUAUCGAAGUAGCUGAGCAAUUCAGCUCCCUAACAUUCAAGGCUCUACACCGUUUGAGUCAAACGUUUGAAAAGGAGCUGCAGGCGAAACCCAAAGAAAGCGCCGCCGACAUGAGCAAGCGAUACAAGGCUUGUCUCGAUUCCGUGCGUAUUCGCCAACGGAUGCUGCAAAGAUUCUGGAGACUGCUAAGCGACAACUAUGAGCAUGUUUCUGAUUUCAGCCUUUUCUUCCCGCCAGAGACCAUGCAAAAGUUUUACGAUCAACUAGUAGCGUCCGGCCACUUCCUUCUACAAACCGGAGUGUUUGAAGAGCAAGGUGCUUAUGUUAUUGCAUCCCCGGAGCUUCAUGGCAAGUUGGAUGACAUGCAAGCAAUGAUGGCUGUGACCUCGAUAGAUCGGUUUCCAGACCUGGGCGAGCAAUACCUCCUCAUCCUGCGACCAGAAGACAGUUUCCACUGGUUUGGAGAAAAGGCUACUGUGCCUCUGCGAGAGCAGAGUAUCGAUUUGAGACGGGGUCAGGCUCGUUUGUGCGCAACAGGGUCGCGGGCACUGCCAGAAGCAAGAAAAGCCUUCCUUGACGCAGUGGAUAUGCAUGUGGAUUUAAUCCAGGAGUCUAGGUCCAAUAUUCCGAAAGUCAACUCCAGACUUGCGGAGAUUCGACGGGUAGCCUACAGGCUGUCCAACACGUUCAUGGACAGUGUCGAGGUGAUCCGCAAACAGGCUGAAGGGAAGGACUGCCAGGAACUGAUUCAAACAUGUUUUGUCUUUGCUACCGAGUUCGGCCAACGGUCGCUACUCUUCAUGGAUAACAAUAGACGGCCUUUGAACAAUUUGAAGCUCACCAAGCUUGCUCUUGAUUGGGUGAGCUUCAUCUGUGACGACUGCAUUGCUUCAGAUCGAAAGACGUUCAGAUGGGCCGUGCUGGCUCUGGAAUUUGCCAUGGGCAUGACCAGGGGACGACAUAUUCUUGCACUUGGCGAUGAUGAGUAUGAGAGGCUCAGAACAAAGGUGGGUGGCUGCAUGUCACUCUUGAUCUCCCAUUUCGAUAUCAUGGGUGCCAGAUCCAAUCUGGCCGCGCAAGCAGAAAAGGAACGGGUGGAAGCUCUUCUGGGACAAUUCAGGAAACUGGACAAGAACAGAAUGCUUGACGACGAGGAGGCCUCGCGCUGCACCACAGAGCAGCGUUUGAUUCGGUUGGAUGUUGUGGAUGAACUCAGGCACGAGAAGGAAGGGGAGAGACGCGCACUGGGUCGUGUACUGGAGGCCAACAAUGAAGCUGAUCGAUCGCUUGCCUAUUUGUCCUCGUCGGCAACCAAUGUCACGAAGAGAUGGCAGCAGGGACACUUUGUUGGCGGUGGCACCUUUGGCAAUGUGUACGCGGCCAUGGACCUAGACACUGGUUUGCUGAUGGCUGUCAAAGAGAUCAGACUGCAAGAUCCAAAGCUGAUUCCAACCAUUGCCGAGCAAAUCAGAGAGGAGAUGGGUGUCUUGGAAGUAUUGGACCAUCCCAAUAUCGUGCAAUACCACGGCAUUGAAGUCCAUCGAGACCGUGUGUACAUCUUUAUGGAAUAUUGCUCUGGCGGAUCGCUUGCGAACCUGCUCGAGCAUGGACGAAUCGAGGAUGAGCAGGUCAUUACCUUUUACGCCCUGCAGCUUCUAGAGGGAUUGGUGUAUCUACAUGAGAGUGGCAUUGCUCAUCGAGAUAUCAAGCCAGAGAACAUCCUGCUCAACCAUAACGGCAUCAUCAAGUAUGUGGAUUUUGGGGCUGCCAAGGUCAUUGCCCGCCAAGGACGUACGCUGGCGGCGGAUUUACAUGCCACAAAGCCCAACAAAUCCAUGACGGGCACUCCCAUGUACAUGUCGCCGGAAGUUAUCAAAGGAGAGAACCCGGGACGAGCGGGCUCUGUGGACAUAUGGUCGCUCGGCUGCGUCGUUUUAGAAAUGGCCACUGGUCGACGGCCAUGGGCCAAUCUGGAUAACGAAUGGGCCAUCAUGUACAACAUUGCACAGGGUAACCCGCCACAGCUACCAACAGCUGACCAAGUGAGCCCUGCAGGGCUUGAUUUUCUGUCCAAGUGCUUCACACGAAACCCAAAGGAACGACCAUCGGCCGUGGAGCUUCUGCAACACGAAUGGAUCAUGGCUGUUCGAAGCCAGGUGGUCGAACCCAUGACCCCGAGCGACAGCAGCUCAUCGGCGCAGACGACUCCGCUGACAGCGAGCUCUAGCAAAGGCAGUUACAUGCUGGAUGGAUCAUAG